UUCCCUCAGGAUGACUGGGAGUGACGCAGGGCAGACGGAAAAAACUAGGGCUUGAGGGUAAGGACAGGGAGAACGGCGGUGAUGCAGGAAGGACUGUAGCUUUCAUUUCACAGGUUCAAGCCCGAUGCACGACCCGCCCGCCCGCACAGAGGACAUGAGAGUCACUUAUAUGUAGAUAAUUAUUACGCGGCAUCACCUCAUCCUUGGGGCGGAUCAGUUUGGACACACUCCCAGGUAUCAUUGAUCCCCGUCUCUGCACAUGGAAAAGUAGCCUAGUCAUUCCGUUUUCUUACUGAAGACCAAGUUGUAAGUCGCAUCCAGUUGGAGGAUAUUUUGACACCUCUCCUCGUCAUUUUAACAAGUCUCCAUCAUGAACUACCUGCGUCGUCGACUCUCGGACAGCAAUUUCAUGUCCAACCUGCCCAAUGGCUACAUGACUGAUCUCCAACGCCCCGAACCGCCGCAGCAAAGCCCCGCAGUGUCGCCCGGGCCGACGGAGAGGCGCCAGUCCGCCAGCCAGCCGCCGCCGCAGCAGCAGCAGCAGCCUGGAGGUGGAGGCUCCAGCUUCUUCUCAUCCAUAUCCAAUGCUGUCAAACAGACCACAGCUGCUGCGGCUGCGACUUUAUCCGAGGCAGCAGACCGGGCAGGAGUCUCCAGCAGUGCCAAGAUCCUUCUGGUUAUCGAUGACCAGCAGACCGACUGGGUAAAGGUCUUCAGAGGAAGAAAAGUCCAUGGUGAAUUUGACAUCAAGGUGGAACAGGCAGAAUUCUCUGAAAUCAGCCUGGUGGUCAAUUCCAUGGGCACCUACAAUGUGGACAUUGAUGCAAUCAGGAAUGGGCAUAAGGUUACUAAAUCCUUUAAGCCAGACUUUGUGCUGAUUAGACAGCAUGCCUUCAGCAUGGACAAGAAUGGAGACCACAGGAACAUAGUGAUUGGAUUGCAGUAUGCUGGACUGCCAAGUGUUAACUCUUUGCACUCUGUCUACAAUUUCUGUGACAAGCCAUGGGUGUUCGCUCAGAUGUCUAGACUCUUCAAGCAACUGGGCCCAGAGGAGUUCCCACUGAUAGAGCAGGUUUACUAUCCAAACCACAAGGAAAUGAUAACUUCCCCUCGGUUCCCUGUAGUGGUAAAGAUGGGCCAUGCUCACUCAGGAAUGGGAAAGGUGAAAGUGGACAAUCAAUAUGAUUUUCAAGAUAUUGCCAGUGUUGUAGCACUGACCAAGACUUACGCCACAUCUGAGCCCUUCAUUGAUGCAAAGUAUGAUGUUCGCAUCCAGAAGAUUGGCAACAAUUACAAAGCUUACAUGAGAACAUCAAUUUCCGGCAACUGGAAAACCAACACUGGCUCAUCAAUGCUUGAGCAGGUGGCCAUGUCAGACAAGUACAGAAUGUGGGUGGACUCUUGCUCUGACAUUUUUGGAGGGUUGGAUAUCUGCGCUGUGGAGGCUCUACACGGUAAAGACGGCAAGGACUACAUUAUAGAGGUUGAUGACUGCUCAAUGCCACUGAUUGGGGACCAGCAGGACGAUGAUCGUGUUCAGAUUGCAGAGCUGGUGAUUUCAAGGAUGAACCAGGUUGUUCCACGCACGUCAAGCUCUUCCGCAGGGCAGCCAGCACAGAAAGCAGUAUCUCCUCAGCCUGUCUCACAGCCCAAAGUACCACAGGCUCAACAGCGCCCCUCACCUCAGGGUGGUCCUCAGCAAAGUCCUCCAUCUCAGCAGCGCCCACAGCCUCAAGGCCAGCCUCCUGCACAGGCCCAGCAAUCUGCAGCAACCCCUGCUACCGGUGACCCCAGUGCCCAGGCUAAGGCAAGCCAAGGACCUGCAGCCCAGUCACGGCCACCAGGUCAGGGAGCUCCUCAAGGCCAGAGACCUUCUUCUGGUCAGGGCUCUCCUCAGCGAAGCCAGGGAGGUUCACCUCAAGCUCAGAGGCAACAGUCUGUCACCCAGCAGAAAACUGCAGGAGGCCCUGGCCAGAAACCUCCGGCAGGCCAAACGCAGCAGAGGCCCGCUCAGCCCCCUAGGCAGCAGUCACAGGGAGGCACACAGCAACAGAGGGCUCCUGGCCAGCAAGGGCGUCCCGGAGGAGCCACCACCCAGCAGCCCCGACCUGCUGCCCAAGGCCAAGGAGGCCCAGGAGGACGACCCCCCCUGCAGCAAAAGCCUCAGCCCCCACAAAAGCCCAGUCAGGACAACCCGGCUAUGGGCGGCUCUCCACAACUAAACAAGUCCCAGUCUCUUACAAAUACCUUCAACAUUCCAGAAACCCCAGCGCCACGAGCCAGCCUUAGCCAGGAUGAGGUGAAGGCUGAAACCAUACGCAAUCUACGCAAAUCUUUUGCCAGUCUCUUCUCAGACUGAGAUGGCAUAAGCCCCCCCUUUCCCCUCCCCCCCCCUCCUCCUACUGACAGAAAGUUGGGCAGGCACACUGAAGGACAAAUCCCCCCAACCAACAAGGACCAACAGGAUGCCGUCUCCAGUUUAUGUACAAUGACCCUGAUAUGAAAAUGUACACACUUGACACCCACUGCCUAAAUAUUUAAAACCUUUUAAAAUGAACAAAAAGUAGAAUUCACAGUAAAUUUAGGCACUGAUAACUGAAACAUUCCUUGCCUCGCCUCAAGCUUAAGUAAGUCAUCUACUCACGGUGUCACACAAAUAAAACUCACGAAAGAGCCUGUAUAUGCAUGAGCACACGUACACAACAAAAUACUGCUCCCACUUGUUUGUUGGUGCCCUAAAGUAAUUGUGAUCUUUAUGUUCAAAUUUUGAUUGGUUCGCCGAACAAACAAAUUAAUUUAGGGACUGUACAAAAAUUAUUGAAGAUGGGGAGGAGUGUGUAAUCUAAUAUAUUUUGUUUUAUAAAAAAAAAGUAAGGUCCUCCCCACUGUUUUUCAGUAUCUCUAAAUAAUAUAUUUAUGUCAAACAUAUGAAGAUGAAGCCACUCUAUUUUUGGAUAAAGAGCUUGCUAGAUAAACUUAUUAUAUCCUCUGCAUAUGGGAAAAUGUGCCUCCAUGGCACAAACAACAGCAAUCUUUAUGAUUUACAUUAUUUCAUUUAUUUAUGUGAUUAGUCACACAAACAUAAACUAUAACAUAAAAAAGAGAAAUGGAGGUACGAUAAAAAUAAAUAAAAACACCCUCCCCUGUUCUCCCAUAAAAGUUAGACUACCUUCCAUUUAACAAAAAUAAAAAUGACAAUAUUCUCUCUCUCUUUUUUAGUCCCUAAUCAUUUUUGUACAGUCCCUAACUCAGCACAGCUACACACACAUUGAACGUCCAGUGUUAGCUAAUGCUAGAUCUGUUUGAGCUGUUGACCGCUCAUGGUGAUGUCUUAGCUGCAUGUCAACAGGAGGCAAUGGUCGCAUUUUCCAACCCCUGACAUUGGCGCUUGUAACUGUGUCGUCACAUGUAGUUGAAUUAGUUAGUAAAGUAACCCAGUAGGUGUUGUGAGUAUGUUGUUGCCGCCACUUUUCUUCCCGUUUGUUGUUGCACAAGAGCAAAAAGCUUGAAAGCUCUCCACCUUGAAAGCAUGCCUUACACAGACAAGAACGUCAGAUCAAAUGGAGUUUUCUCAGGGAUGUCCAAUUGAUUGUGACACUUGUAUGUGGCUGAGGGUCUUCCAUUACAGUUUUAUUGUGGCUGUUUACUUAUUAUGAAGGGAAAAGCAUGCAUUUUAAUGAGGUAGAAUGUUUCUAUUAUUUCAGAUGCUUUUGCACACACAGUAUAUUGCAAAACUUAUACUUGAAUACAGCGACACUGACUGAUGUAUGAAGUGUAUAUUUUCAGGUUUAUUCAUCUGCCACUUGACAAAGUAACAACUCCACCCUGGAGUGCUGCUGUGUCUGUGACAGGUGUGGGACAGUAGGAUAAGGUUUAGGGUUUACAACCGUUCAGGUACAGUUAGAUAAAACUAGAUUAUUUACAGAGACUUUUAUUUCAUAAUCCCUUAAUUUCAAAGCAGUUUAUUGAAAUGUAAACAAACUCUGAAUCUAGUGGAUGUACAGUCAGUUAGUGGAUUAUGUCAGGUUGAUUUUAGGGUGUAGCAGUUAGUCAAUACAUUGUGAUUUUGCACUGAAGUCACUCCAAACCUGAGUCUGUAUCAUACAUUGCAGCAGACUUUCUGCUUCCUUAUAUGCCUCCCGGUUUUCCUUGUGUGUAAAAAGAGACUAUACAUAAAGGUAAAGGAAUGUAGACUGUGGGAUGCACCCCUGCAGGAGGUUUCUUACUUCCUGCAACCCCUUCCUCACACUAACAACCCUUUCUUUGAUCACAACGGAAAAACUUUUCAGUUUCCAGGCACUAAAAUGUCUUCCAGAAGGAGCGCUUUCCAUUCGAAUGUCGAUGUAGUAUGGCAAUAUCAUGCUUUUAGAGAAGGCCCAAUAGCCAAAAGUAUAAAGCAGUCCUGGUUCCCCUGCAGAUUCUCCAUGCUGCCUGUGUUUUGUGUAGCCACAGUGAUCCCUUGUGCUCAAUGGUGCAUAAACGUGUGAAUGUCGUUCCGUAACUGGUCAAACCAAAUAGAUGUGUUGUACAGAGCUCUGAGUGAUGCAGAUUGUCACAUUUAUCCCUUGCUGCUAUUUGUGCUUGUUGAUAUAAUGUGUGUCUCUGAACUUUUUUAUUUUUUAAAUUUGUGCAGUUUUUUCAUUUGAUUAUUUUGUACAUGCUUCAUUUUUUUCAAUGAGGCAGGACUAUCUGGGGCUUGUAAGUGUAUGCAUGAGUGAUUCAGGGCGUCAUUUUUAAAUUUUACAAUGACUCAGUGUCAGUGCAUUACUGUCAGAUUUAUCGUGGCACAGCCUAACGCCAAGAGAAUCAGUAAGAGCAGCUUUGUGUGAUUGUUACACUGAGUGUGUAAUUUAUGAAAAUGAGCCAUCACAAUUAGCACGGAUGGUUAACUUUGAAAAAUGUCAUUCUGUCGCUCAGAGGCCUGCUGGCCACAUUAAGACAUACCAUUUGCCACAGCACCUCCUGAGACUGACAGGAUGAGCUGUGACAGCGAUGCAAAGAAGCAGUUUUAUGUGUUUAUGUUUUUGAUAUUCACACAUUUCUUUUUGAAAGGUUUACAUUAUUUAUGGUGGUUAUAUCUGACUGUGAAUGUACUUUUUUCUUUGUUACAGCUAGUUUUAUUGUUUUCUAAAUGCAUUGUAUAAUCAUCGUGAAAAGAUUGAAUCCUUACAAAUUUGAGUGAAACUGAUUGU